AUGCCCUUGACGGUCACCUUGACAGUCGUGACAGCUGUCCUCCUCCCCGUGUCCAUCCUGUGCUGCACGCUACUCCUCCGUGCAGCUCGCGCCCAUCACUCCAACUCCAAGCUCGCCACCACCGUCCCGCCGCCUUCCCCGUGGCGGCUCCCGCUCGCGCGCGUCGUGAACCUGAGCGAGCUCCUCGCCGGGUUCGCCAAGGACGUGAUCGGGCGGAUCGUGUUCGGGGCGAGCGCCGCCACGCGCGCCGACGGGUGGGGCGCCAAGGUGGACGCGCUGCUGGAGGAGGGCAACGCGCUGCUCGGCACGUUCCACGUCGCCGACUACUUCCCCAGUCUGGCGUGGGUCGGCGCCCUGGACGGCACCGACGCCAAGGUCGGCAAGGCGUUCGACAGGAUCGACGCCGUUCUCGAGGAGAUCGUCGACGCCGCGGAGAGACGAGACGCGCCGGGGCGGCACGACAGCACCUUCGUCGACGUGCUGCUGUCCCUCGGCAACAACACCUCCGGCAAUGGCGCCGGCGGCGCGGCCCCGGAGCGGCGGUUCACGAGGGACAACGUCAAGGGGCUCCUAGCGAAUCUGUUCGGGGCAGGGGCAGACUCCAUCAUCAUCGUGCUCGAAUGGGCCAUGGCAGAGCUGCUCCGCAACAAGGACGCCAUGGAAAAGCUACAGGAUGAGCUAAGGACUAGAUUGUUGGCCACGUACACACGCAUGAUCAAGGAGACGAUGCGGCUGCACCCUCCGGGGCCGCUGCUGAUCCCACGGGAGGCCAUGGAGCCCGCGAGGAUCCAGCGGUACGACGUGCCGAGCAAGACCAUGGUGAUCGUCAACGCGUGGGCCAUCGGAAGGGACCCGGGCAGCUGGGAGUCGCCGGAGGAGUUCAGGCCGGAGAGGUUCCUCGGCACCGGCGGCGAGGUGGACUUCCGGGGCCGGCAUUUCCAACUCGUACCGUUCGGUUAUGGGAGGAGGGUGUGCCCGGGGAUCAACUUCACCAUGUCCAUCAUGGAGAUCGCGAUUGCCAACCUCGUCGGCCGGUUCGACUGGGCGCUGCCGAAGGGGGCUACGCGAAAUGAUUCUAGCAAUUUGAAGGCUCAUUUCUUUUAA